ACAUUUUACUCGAUCUGGUUCGGUUCGGUCUUAACAACAGUUUGGUCCGGUGUGAUCCAGUACGGAUUGAACCAUUGCACAUCCCUAAUCGCGGGGUCUCCAUUUUUACAAAUUACAAUUCUUGAUCUUCAGUUAAAGAUGGAUUUGGGCCAACUGUUUAAAAUUUAGCGCUUAGAUUUCCUAGCCAGAUCCAACACAACCAGACUGGAACCCGGCCCAGUUACAGGCCCGCCCAUAGCUGCUUGGAGUGUCUCAUACAAUUGGAAGUUGGAUUGAAUUUCCCUCGUCGUCGAUUCUCAGCAUUCCGUUCCCGCUCCCUCACACACGCCGAUCGAGGUCCGCCGUCGAAUCGUCUCCGCUAUCGGUGGACGGAGCGGAGCUCAAAUAGACGCCCAAAAACCAGUGUCAAUGGCGUCGAGUUCGACUCCGCCUGUGCGGGAUAAUGCCUCCGGAAGACUCAAGAGGGCUGCUUCUACUAUCGCGGGUGAUACCCAGACUCUCGUCAGCGACAUAAAAAAGGCCUUCACAAUGGUGAAAAACAUCGCAGUUGAUCUGGAAAGAGAGAGAGAAUCCGCGCAGAUCAAGGAGCUUCAAACUCUAGCAGUUCAGUUGUCGGAAUCUUGUGAUGACUGUAUUUGUCGUGCAUCAGCAAUUCAUAAUGUGGGAAACGAAUAUCAGCCAACUCCAGAGUUCACUGAUUUCAAAAAGUUGCUUGAUGAGCAAUUUAUGAAGCUCAAGGCUAUGCCAUCACAGAAUAAUCGACUAAUCCGUCAAUUUCAUGAAGCUGUUUGGAAUGUUCAUCAUGAAAAUCAGCCAAUGCCGGGUGAGGAGGAGGAGGAUAUCGUAAUGACGAGCACCCAGUCCAACCUCCUGAAUGUGAAAUGUCCUUUAAGUGGCAAGAUGAUUACUGACCUAGCAGAACCAGUUAGAAGUAUGGACUGCAAGCACAUCUAUGAGAAGCAAGCCGUCAUGGCAUACUUGCCCCGAAAUGGUACUAAAAAACCAUGCUGCAUAGCAGGCUGUCCCAAGGUCUUGCAAGCCCAGAAGCUAGUAUGUGAUCCGUUUCUGCUGGCCGAAAUCGAGGAACUACGGUCGAUUAAUCAACAAACUGAACAGGCGCAAAACGUCGAAGAUUUCACUGGACUUGAUGAUGAAGACUAGGACGUGGUAGAUGACUUUAUGAAUUGCAUCCCCAUGAACCGAAACGAUUUGCUACUAGUGCGAUCUUUAGAAGUUGAAACACUUCUCGUGUGAUCUGAUGUAAUUAGUUAGUAUCAAAGCAUGAAACUUGGUGUAUUAGAAAAUCGAGUUCUCACCAUAUGAAUUUGCACAAUGGUCUGGACAACUCACAUUGGAUGUUGGCCAUGCUGCUACUUCUGCUGUGUUAUUCUAAAUUUUGUCUUUUGGGUGACUGAAUCGUUUAAAAAAUAAAGAUCAGUGAUUUGA